AUGUGUUGUAGAAGUGAAGUGGAUCCUAACAACCUAUUUGAUGUUCCUAUUUCAUAUGGUCCUGGUACCUCUACCCUUCAAUGUAAAACCACCAAGGGAAAUCUAUUUAAGGUACCUAUUUCGUAUGGUUCUGGUAUCUGUACCUUUCAAGGUCAUGAUAAAAAUGGCGCUACUAAGAUAUUGAAAUCGGGAAAAACAGCAGGAAUUAUCAACAAACAAUUAGUAGAGGCUCCUAUCAUUGGAUGUGAUUUUUAUUUUGGUAAUGUGGAAAAUACGCUGGUGCUCUCUCAAUUGAAUGACGAAAUCCUCCAAAGAUGUGACAUAGAAGUUAUAGAUGAGAACUUAUUAGAUGUUCCUGUGGAUGUGAUGGUAGAAGAGGUGGCAACUGAUUUUAUUCAAAAUAAUGUGAAUACUAUCUUUGGGAGCACUUCACAUGAAUCCAAUACUAUAUCAGGAAAUGAUCUUCAUAAUGAGCACUUGAUCCACGUGAUAAGCCCUGUCGAAGUUGCUGCCCCUACAGGUGCUGAUGCUGCUGAGACCUCUAGUGCUGUUGCUGUUGAUGCUGAUGUUCCUCCACCGACUACUUCGGGUAAAUUCACUGAACCAUGGAAUUUUGGCAAGCCAACACAAACUUGUGAGAGCUGUGGGGCUAUUCUAUGGUAUGAUGAGAGGAAUGUGAAGUCAAGAAGACCAUCACAACCUAAGUUUUCAUUGUGUUGUUCAGAAGGACUAAUUUAUUUGCCUUUGUUAAAACAUGCACCUCUAGUUCUUGAAGAAUUGUUGAAUUACGAUGGGCCUUCAUUUGUGCAUUUCCAUGACAACUAUCGGAGAUAUAAUGCAAUCUUUGCAAUAACAUCAAUGGGUGGAAAAGUUAAUAGAAUUGUAAAUGAUGGAAAUGGUGCCUAUGUGUUCAGGCUAAAUGGACAGAAUCAUCAUUUGAUUGGCUCUUUGUUACCAGUUGAAGGAUCGGAACCAAAAUUUGCUCAACUUUACAUAUUUGAUACAAAGAAUGAAGUGCAGCAUAGGAUAAGGUCGAUUUCAUCUGAUAAAGAAAAUGAUGGCAUUGUUCCCGAAAUUGUUAACUCUCUAAUAUAUAUGCUUGAUGAAAACAAUGCUUUGGUUAAGUAUAAUCUACCUACUAACUCAAAAGUUGCUGGUCUUAUUGUGAAUGAUUUUGACCCUAAUAAUGGGUAUCGUGAUAUUAUUGUUGAGGAUCGUGAUCGUGGGCUCCAGCGUAUAAGUGAAAUCCAUCCAGCUUUUAUGGCUAUGCAAUAUCCUCUACUUUUCCCUUAUGGUGAGGAUGGCUUCUAUCUUGGUAUACCAAAAAGAUUAAGAGGCUCAAUGCAAGAAAGCGAAAAUUCCACUGUCACGAUGAGAGAAUAUUAUGCAUUCCGUAUUCAACAACGACUUAGUGAAGGCAAUACUUUAAUUUCUGGUGGUAGACUUUUCCAGCAAUUCAUUAUUGAUGCUUACUGUUUUGUAUACAUGAUUGAGUUCCAAAAAAGAGGUCUUCCACAUGCACAUAUAUUGGUAUUUUUGCAUCCUGAUGAUAAAUAUCCAGUUCCUGAAGAUAUUGAUAACAUAAUCAGUGCUGAAAUUCCAGAUUCUUUGGAAGAUUCGAUUGGACAUGAAGCUGUUAAGCAAUUCAUGAUGCAUGGGCCAUGUGGUGCAGCUAAGCCAAAUUCUCCUUGCAUGGUUGAUAACAAUUGCACAGAUCGUGUUACUGCUGUUUUGGAAGAAAAUGUAGUCUACAAUUCAAAUGAUGGAAUGGAAUCUAUAUUAGAAAAAGAUGAAAUGAAAACAUAUCUUGACUGCAGAUAUAUAUCAGCAUCAGAAGCAUCAUGGGGAAUUUUCCAGUUUGAGAUUCAUUACCAUGAACCAGCUGUUCAGAGAUUGAAGUUUCAUAUGAAAAAUGAAAAUCAAGUCACUAUUUCUGAUUAUGAAUAUUUGGAUAAUAUGGUAAAUAGACCAAGAAUUGAGAAAACUGUAUUUAUAGAGUGGAUGACAGCAAAUCGACUAUAUGAAGAUUCUAGGCAGCUAACCUUCCAAGACUUUCGAACAAAAUGGGUUUGGUACAAGAAAAACAAAGAAUGGAGGAGAAGAAAGUCAGGUCAGUCCAUUGGUAGAAUCUAUUAUGCGCACCGUUUAAGUGGAGAACGAUUCUAUCUUAGAAUGCUAUUAAAUGUUGUAAAAGGUGCUACAAGUUUUGAUGAAAUCAAAACUGUUAUUAUCAAAAUUGUUAAUGGUCAAUUGUAUCCUUCUUUUAAAGCUGCAUGUUUUGCUUUUGGGCUACUGGAUGGAGAUAGAGAGUGGAAUGAUGCUAUAAAAGAAGCAUCAAAUUGGGCUACUGGACAACAAAGGCAAAUCUUACGGUUUGAUCAACUUCAGCUUUCUGAAAAUCAAUUGAGAAAUUAUGCCUUAUAUGAAAUUGAAAAGCUUUUGAUUAAAGCUGGAAAGUCAUUGAAAGACUAUCCACCUAUGCCUUUACCUGAUAUGUCUCUUAUUAAGGAAAGGAAUAACAGAAUGCUUGAAGAAGAAUUGAGUUAUGACAAGGAAGCAUUGGCUGUUGAGUAUGCCUUAUCAUAUACAAAAUUGAACAUUCUACAAAAAAAUGUAUUUGUUCGAGUUGUCCAAGUUGUUCUGAAAGGUGAAGGAAAGAUGUUCUUUUUGUAUGGCCAUGGUGGAACUGGCAAAACUUUUGUGUAUAAAACAAUAAUGUCUUUCCUCCCAUCCAGUGGUGAAAUUGUUCUAGCAGUGGUAUCUUUAGGAAUUGCAUCACUCCUUCUUCCAGGGGGACGUACAGCUCACUCAAGAUUUCGUAUCCCAUUAUGUGUGAAUGAAGAUUCAGUGUGUGAUAUUAAACAAAAAACACAGUUGGCUGAAUUGCUUUGUGCUACAAAAUUGAUAAUUUGGGAUGAAGCUCCUAUGGCACAUCAUCAUUGUUUUGAGGCUCUUGAUAGAACAUUGAGAGACAUAUUGCGCUUCUCUAGUAACUUUGAUCCUAAUAAAGUUUUUGGUGGUAUCACAGUUAUUGUUGGGGGAGAUUUCAGACAGAUCUUGCCUAUAAUACCAAAGGGUAGAAGAGAAGAUAUUGUUGCAUCGGCCAUAAACAAAUCUGUAAUUUGGAAUCAUUGUGAGAUAUUUAUGCUUACAGAAAAUAUGAGGCUUAAUCAAAAUUUCAAUAAUUUGGAAGAUGGUCAAUCUAUUGUAGACUUUGGGAAUUGGAUUUUAAGGAUUGGAAAUGGUGAAUUUGAGAAUGUAGAUGGAGAAAGCUAG